CGCUUUGCUCUCAAGCUACCAGCUAGACGCCUGGACACUUGCACCUGCGGCAGGUGAAAGUCACCUUGCCCCGAAUUCUCCCGGGGGCUGCGCCAGGGAGGCCUUCUCUGCCAGGAGCUCGGUCCUGCUCAGCAAUCAUUAAUCAGAUUCUUUGCAUUCCUGAGUCCUAGCCUGCUAUGGGAAAAUGAGCCAGAGGAUUGAGGUAAGCCAGGACUGGCAGUCAGACAUGCAGCUGGCGGGAAAGCUGGCGCUUUCUGCAGCGGCUCUGCUCCUCCUCACUUUGGCUUACAAAAUCUACAAGUCCCGAGCGACUGCCGGCGUCCAGGGAAAGGGGAGCGUAAAAGCCGAUGCCGCCGACGUGACGGACCCACGAGCGAAUGCAGGCCGGGAUGGAGCGGACAGCGCCGAUGCCAGAGGACAGCCCCCGGAGCUCAGGUACAGGCAAGCCAGCAGCAACGGGGUGAGGCGGAGCGGCAGCAAAGCGAAAGCGAGUACGUGCCUGGGUGGAAAGGUAACGACGGGACCGCAAAGCGCACCUGGCGGGAGAGUUCACAGUCUGCCAAACAGGGGGGAGGAGGAAGAGGAGGGAAGGGAGGGGAGUCAGCUGGUCUCCGAAUCACAGCCGGCCGGAAGGAAACCUGCUUCGGAGACACAGGGACGUGCUCCAGAUGUGAUCCAACGAGCUGGCGCGGGGGCAAGAGCAGAUGGUGCGGCGCAGGCGGCGCCAGCAGCAGGAGGUGAGCUGGGAGGUAAGCAAAAUCGGCUUGGCCCAGCCAGAAAACUGCCCGGCUCGACAGCGGACAGCAGCGGGCCUAGCCAGGAUCUAGUUUCUCCGGGAUCUGGGCUUUGCCUUGGCCCCGAGCACAGCUCCUGCAACACAGCGCAGCCAGCCAACGCUCCCGAGCUCACAGCAGGUCCCAGCCCCGACACAGAGAAGGAGCUGAGAGCAGGAGACAUGAGUGACACCUCGGCCCAGGUGAGCAGGGAGAGGCUCCAGACCCUCCACGUGACUUCAGACUUGGGCUUAAUGGUAAACCAAAGCAACAAGAGUGCUGACACCUCCUACACUUUCUCCUCCACCUCCAAGAUACAGGUGGAGGAAAACUAUAUUAAAGAGGCUGGUGACAACAGGCGGGGGCAGCCCUCUGUUUCCAGCCUGCGAGGGAAGGUCUAUGACUAUUAUGUCCAGUCCACCUCCCAGUCCGUAUCAAAGAAAAGGCCCUGCACAUACUCUCCGCCAGGCACCCCGUCCUUCCUCGACUCUGCCCAGGUCAGUGAGGAGCUGCAUGACUUUGAGACCUGGCUACACCAGACCAAGCACCAAGGAACAGCCCCGAGUUCAGCAGACAGGGAUGGAGAGAAAGGGUCGCCCGCGGCAAAUGCUCCUCUUGGCUCGUUGGGACACCCUGCAGAGGGCUCGGAGCCGCCCGGCUGCAGCGAUGCAUCGGAGGCAGCCGGGUCCUUCCCAGGUGCCCAGAAGCCGCCAGCGCCAGGACGCAGCUUCAGCAGGAAAGAGAGUUUCCUCCAAAUUGCAGAGAACCCUGAACUGCAGGUCCCGAUGGAGGGAUUUGGGGCUUCAUCUCCCCCCAGCAGAAAAUCGACCUCAAGCCCCUCGCCUGCUAAGCCCACCGCCGUUGCUUCCCCGGUGGAGUCUAUGCACGGCCUCCAAACGGAUGCAAACCCCGAAGCCAGAGUGGAGCUUGUGGCUGGUGCCAACUUCUUCCAAGUCCCGCUGAGCUUUGAGCCCGCUGUGGACAUCCGCUUGGACUUGGGGAACUGCUUCGAAGUCCUGUGCAUGGCGAAGAAGCGGAAACUAGACCAUCUCAAGGAGGCGGCUUAUAAGGUCAUGAGUGACAACUACCUACAAGUCCUGAAGAACGCGUCUAUCUACGGGCGCCUGAACGCCAUGGAGAGAGAGCUGAUCCUCCAGAGGAGGAUGAAGGGGAGGAAGUAUGUGACCGUGGCCGACGUCAGCACGCAAGAAGGCAGCUUCCACGCCAGCAGGCUCUGUUACUACAACGACGAAAGCAACACCUGGUAUCCGCUGGCCCAUAUGCCGCAGGAGGCAGUUUCCAAGGGAUGUGCCCUCUGCAGCAUGUUCAAUUAUGUCUUCGUGGUGGCUGGCUGCGAAGGGCUCGGACGGUACCAGAAGCCCUCGAACCGGGUCUUCUGCUACAACCCCCUGACCAAUAUCUGGAGGGAGAUCUGCCCUCUGAACCAAGCCAGGCCUCACUGCAAGCUCGUAGCCUUGGACGGGUACCUCUAUGCCAUCGGAGGAGAAUGCCUCUACACGGUGGAGCGGUACGACCCUCGCCAGGACCGGUGGUCUUUCGCCGCCCCUCUGCCCAACGACACCUUUGCCGUGGCGCACACCGCGACAGCGUGCAACGGGGAGAUUUACGUGACCGGAGGCACCUUGCGCUACAUGCUGCUCAGAUACGUCAGCCGGACAGACAGCUGGAGGGCCAGCCUCACCAGCGGCAGCAAGGACAGGACCACCGAGAUGGUCACCGUCAACGGCUUCCUCUACCGCUUCGAUCUCAACCGCAGCAUGGGCAUCAGCGUCUACCGCUGCGGCAUCAAGGCCAAGCUGUGGUACGAAUGUGCCACGAACCGCGUGCCCUACCCUGCCUGCUUCCAGUGCGUUGUUGUCGACAACCUCAUCUACUGCAUCAGCCGCCAGUUCAUCAUCCGGUUCCUGGCCGACUACGUCUCACCACGGUUCGCGGCCAAGGAGUUGCAAGCAUUUCCAUCCCCCAAAGGGACCCUGUUCCCUGUCGUCCUCGUGUUGCCAGACAGAGAUACGGUGCAAACAAGAGUCUGAAAACCCGCUUCCCCUGCUUCUUUCCAAUUCUCCUUUUGCCCUGUGCUAAAGCAGAGGCUGCUCAAGGGUGGUGCAUAGAUUCAAGGCAGCUUCCAGAGCCUAAAAUCUGAAGUCCCAAAGCCCAGACCUGAUCCGCACCCAGCGUGGCCUGAACUCCAGGGCUAUACAGUCCUAGACGUAGAGAGAGGAUCCUGGUGUGGAUCCAGAUCUGUAGAGUACAUCUCCUAAAUUCAAGCCCUUCUCUACCUAAAAGCAACCUGAAGUCAUAACAUCCCUCCCAGUGGAAGAGAAAAAGGGAUAAAUUUGGUGUAUGGCAUUGAUAUGACCACCAAACUCAUCCCACUAGCUAUCUCUCCAUCUGCCAUGGGAGUCGCGCACCCAAAGCAGGGGCUGGGCGGGUGCAUUUGUUUUGUCAUAUUUAUGCCUAGGCAAAUGUAGAUGCAAAGUAAAUACAGGUUCCUAGAAAAUAGCCAGCAUGGCCCCUGGGACUGGGCAGACUCCCCGCAGCACUUCUCACUGCGCAGUGAUGAGAUGUUUUUCAUCGCCCGGUGAUGAGGAUUAUUUAUCUGGAAAGCAGAUGCAGAGGCACCUGCUUGGAGGUUUUUCAGACCUGAGAGAAUGAGUGGGAAGGUCAGGAUAUGGCCCUGGCACCCCAAAACACCCAUCCUAGCUACAUCCAAGUGGACCUCUUAUCAGCAGGCUCAGCAGACACUGAAUGGGCUGCAGAUGCUUGCGCUGCCCCAUCAUCCCUCGAGGCAGCUCGGGUCCGUGGCUGGUCGGCAGCGGGCGCUGCUUACCGCCGUGCUUUGUCUGUUAAAAGUGACCAGAGAGAUGCCUUCAGCCUCCAGGCCUGCUGAACCAAGGCUUUAAAACAGCAAGAUGAGUUUCAAGAUGUUAGAAAACAAGGGAAGCUUCCAAAAAUAGCCCCAAAUCUCUGACCAAAUUGCAAGGAGUUGUUGUUUCCAUGGAAAACCUCAGCAUGGGAAGCCAAGCACUUAGAGGAGAUGCCUGCAACAGGCUGGAUUGCCCUGUGCAGUCUCUGCCUUUUGGGUUACACCCCAAUAUAUACCCCCCCCACCCCCCAUACACUUCUCUGUAGCAAGACCUCCAAGUACAGGGGUGUUCGGGGUAAGACAGAGGGGGUAGAGCUGGGGUGGCAUUGUGCUCUGUCGUGAUGGGCCAUGGACAGCUGAGUGCAAACUAGGACUGCAGUGGGGCCCAAUGCAUCUCCUGACAACCACAGGAUCCUUUAGCCCCUGCACCCAUUGCCUUUAUAUCUCAAAACAGCAUCCUCCCUGUUAUUUAUGAUUAUUGCUAUUAUGACUGUAACGUGCUUAUAUCACAGCAGUGCCCAGAGGCUCCGAUUUGGCUUGGGGACCAAUUGUGCCAGAGAAAAUACAAACCUGCAGCCUACUGUCGGGGCUAGCUCAAGUCAUUUAACUGCUGUGUGCCUCAGUCUCCCCAGCCAUGAAAUGGGAAUAAUGCUACUUCUCUAUGGUGCAAGGCAGUUUUAAGCUAAGUUAACUCUGUUGAGGUUGUGGAGGACUGGGAAAACUCUUUGAUGCCAGGUGCUGUCUGUGGCUUUCGGGUACUUCUACAGCAACUGUUCCCUUGGUAAUGUUUGGGAAGUACAUGCACUUGGUGUUAAAUAAAAUUAACUUAGACCUG